AACUAAAAUGCUAUUAUAAAAGGAAAAUGUUUUGUCUUAUCUGUUCACCUGUAGUACCUCCCCUACGUAAGGACAAGCCCCGCCCACUCUACAAGCGCUUCAUUGAAACUGUUUCAUGACGCUCGGAAAGCCCCGCCCACUCCCACCCCAGAGCCGCUCGCGCUGCUCGCCGGAGUCUUGACUCGGAGCCGCUUCACAGCAAUGUAGCACACGCAUAAUGGGAUUUACCGAGUUCGCUUUCAAACGCUUGUUUUGUUGUUUUAAAAAUUAACGAGACUUUUGCUUUGACUUCAAAGGGGAUGAAACGCAGUGCCGCUGAAUGAACAGGUGAGGGGGUGCCAUGCCAGCUGCUGCUUCCCUGUUGCUGCUCCUCGCCAUCUUGUGGUGGCCUCUGGUAUUGCCUCUGGCCCCCAGUCAUCUUCAAAGCCCCUCUUCAUUCAUCACCCUUAAUGGCUCUCGCCUCAAUCACCUCCUGCUUGAUACCCAUUCGGGCCACGUCUACGUGGGGGCAGUAAAUGUGCUCUAUCACCUCUCUCCAGACUUGCAGCUACUCUCCUGGGGCAAAACGGGGCCUAAACUGGACAGCCCGGACUGCCUACCACCCAUUGACCCCACUGAUUGCACCCAGGCGGAAACUACGGACAACACCAACAAGCUUUUGUUGCUGGAAGAGAUCAAGGGAAAGGAUCCGCUCAGCCUGAUUGUGUGCGGGACGGUUCUGCAGGGCAUCUGUGAGAAGCGAAGCUUGGAGAAUGUCUCUCAGGUGCUGUACAAGACCGACAACCCCGUGGACACGCAGUAUGUGGCAGCAAACAACCCUCGAGUGUCCACGGUUGGUGUGGUGGUUGAGCAGAAAGAUGUUCUGCUUAUGCUUGUUGGGCGGGGCUACACCAGUAAGGGACCUGGUGGGAUCCCGCCAAUCACGAUGCGACGCUUAAACCACACUGCUCGAGCAUUCUCCCACGAAGAACUUGGAAAGCUGGUUGUUGGUAGCUACUCCGAAUACAACAACCACUUUGUGAAAGCUUUUCACCACAACAACUAUGUCUAUUUUGUGUUCUCUCGGCGUGACGUGUGGGGCAAACGGGAGUAUCGGACAUAUGUUUCAAGACUCUGUGCAGGCGAUCCCAAUUUCUACUCUUAUGUGGAGGUGCCGCUUUCCUGCGGUGGAGGAUACAAUCUGGCACAGGCAGCUGUACUUGGCUAUCACCGUGAACAACCCACGCUGUUUGUGGCCAUGGCCAUGGGGCAGGCAUUGACUCCCACACCCACAGACAGGACAGCUCUUUGUGUGUACAAGGUGGAGGAGCUGGAUAAAGCCCUGCAUGGCGCCCAGCUACUCUGUUACACACAAGAGGGCAAAGACGCCAACAACAAGGAGAAGGCAUAUAUAGAGUACGAAGUGUCCUCCAGUUGUCUGAAGCUCCCGCAGGACUCUCUGAACAAGUACCCAUGCGGAGGUGAACACACACCCAGCCCCAUCGCCAGUGCCAUUGCUCUUGAGGCCACGCCUGCUUUCACCUGGACUCCUCCCAUCACUGCUGUCACCACAGCAACUGAAGUUGGCCACACCAUAGUACUUUUAGGAGACAAAAAUGGAAGGCUGCACAAGGUGUUCUUGCAUGCAGAUGGUACCGGUACCAAAUAUGACACAGUGGAGGUGGAUGCAGAGAGUCCCAUUAACGCUGACCUGCUGUUGGACUCCACCAAACAGAACGUCUAUGUAUUAACUGAAAGAAAGGUUACAAAGCUCCACGUCGCUCAGUGUGAGAAGCAUUUAGACUGCCACUCCUGUCUGUCUAAUAGAGAUCCCUACUGCGGCUGGUGUUCGCUGGAGGGCAGGUGCACAAGGAAGAUGGACUGUGCACGGCACGCUCAGCAUCACCACUGGAUCUGGAGCUACAGCCGUGAGCACCAGUGUGUGUCCAUAGAGAGUCUACACCCCUCCAUCCAGAGCAGAGAAGAGCAGACAGAGGUCUCUUUCACGGUUCUACAGUUGCCGGUCUUGUCAAAGGAUGAGUCUCUAUCUUGCGCUUUUGGGAGUUUGGCUGCUCAGCCUGCGGUUGUCAUAGAGAAUAGAAUCACAUGUCAAUCUCCAGCUCCAGAGCAGCUCCCGCCGAGUACGCCAGGCAACGAUCACGUAUCUGUUCCAAUUGCACUGAGGUUUGGAAACGUGACCAUCUCGCAUACAAAUAUCACCUUUUAUGAUUGUAAAGCAGUCGGACGGCUCAACGCUUCCUCACCGUGCAUGGCGUGUGUUAGCAGUAUGUGGCCGUGUCAUUGGUGUGUGAAGGAUGAGAUCUGCACUCACGCUAAGAGCUGUCCUCGUCAACACAUCAUCUAUAACAGCAGGGAGCAGUCAUUGCCCCACGGGCCGGACUCUUGCCCCUGUGUCUGGGCCCUGCAGAGCUCCCCUCUGGUUCCUGUUGGCUUUGACAGCGAGCUCUCUCUGCAGGGCAAAAACCUGGACAUAUUUGAGGAUGAGGAAGAUUAUGCUUGCUUGCUGGUCAUCGAAGGCCAGGAGCUGCGCUUGUCGGCCACGUUGGACCGCAAUAAAGAGACGGGGACGCAUGUGUUCAAGUGUGCCGCUCAUCAGUUUCAGUACUCAGGAAAGCAGUUUGAAUAUUUUGCUCCUGUAUACCUGCAGUGGGGGACGCAGCGUAUAGACACAGCACCACAUCUCCGCUUGCAGCUGUACGACUGCUCAGUUGGACAGUCCGACUGCAGUCAGUGUCGUGCGGUUGUGUCUAAUUACGGAUGUGUGUGGUGUGUCGGUGAAACCCCCGGCUGUGUGUAUAACCAAUCCUGCACCAGCGGAACCGUGGACACCUGUCCUCCUCCUAAAAUUACUGAGGUUGAGCCGCUGACCGGGCCACUGGAGGGUGGCAUCUUGCUAACAAUCCAGGGAUCGAAUCUGGGCCAGAGCUUCCAGGACAUCCAGGCAGGGGUGACGGUGGCAGGGGUGACCUGCAGACCUCUGCCUGAGGCCUAUCGCAUUUCCACCAGCAUUGUGUGUGAGCUCCAGGCCAGUGCAAAUGUCACAGCCGGACCGGUCAUCAUCACCGUCAGAGGAUCAGAGAAACAAGAGUCCCAGCAGACGUUCUCAUAUCAGAAUCCACAGCUGAGCAGGAUUGUCCCGGAAAAAGGGCCCUUAGCUGGUGGCACGAUGCUAACGGUCCAUGGUUCGCAGCUCCUGACGGGACAACGAACAGAACAAAGUAGUGGCCAAAUCGCUGACCUGCAGGCUUUCAUGGGCUCAAAACCCUGUCGCAUCAAUGAAGUGAGUGACACACGGCUGAUUUGUCGCACCAGUCACUCCAACCAAACUGGAAGAGUGCCAGUCAAAGUUGUGUUUGGAAAAGCAGACAGGAUUUUGGAUAGUGUUCUUUUCAGCUAUAUGGAAGACCCUGUGAUUACUGAUGCAAUACCUACAGAGAGUUUCUACGGGGGUGGACGUCUUAUAUAUGUGACUGGCCAAAACCUGAAUGUCGUUCAGCAGCCAAAGAUGUCAGUCUCUUAUGAGCCUAGAGACAGAUCAGGAGUCAGAAGACGUCGAUACACCCACGUUUCUGUCAGGAAUCCCUUGGUUAUGAUUCAGGAGUUGUGCACCAAUGUGACCUCAGAGAGGAUGAUUUGCAAGAGCCCUGCAGUGGAGCCGAAAUCCAGGAUCGUGCGAGUGUGGUUCGAGAUGGACAAUGUGCACAUUGACUUUCACACCAUCAAGAACAAACCGUUCGUUUACCACCCAAACCCAGACUUAUUCCAGCUCAACAGUGAGUCCCGAGGAACACCCAUCCGAUUCAAACCCGGAGGAGUCCUGGCAGUAGAGGGUAAGGGACUGACACUGGCUAUGAGUAAAGAGGAAGUUGUGGCCUGGCUAGGGGACAAAGAGUGUGUCAUCAAGACUCUGGAUAACACACACCUGUACUGCGAACCACCUGAGGAACUGCCUCUCGCCCUGGACGACAGCGACUUACCAAGACUAAAGGUGUUAAUGGGACGCCUGGCGUUUGACUUGGGUCCGGUGCAGUAUGACAGUGAUUCACACUCCCCGGUGCCUCUGUCAGCUCAGAUCGGUCUGGCAGCGGGGGCCGCGGUGGUCGUUCUCAUCGUGCUGGUUAUCAUUCUCAUGUACAGGCGGAAGAGUAAACAGGCUCUGAGAGACUAUAAAAAGGUUCUGGUGCAGCUGGAGACUCUGGAGAUAAAUGUUGGAGACCAGUGCAGAAAAGAGUUCACUGAUCUGAUGACGGAGAUGAUGGAUUUGAGCAGUGACGUUGGUGGUCCUGGCAUCCCCUUUCUGGAUUACCGCACAUACGCAGAGCGUGUUUUCUUCCCCGGCCAGAAGGGUGCGCCGCUGAGUCAGAAUCUGGAUUUGCCUGAUUCUCGCAGGCAGACGGUGGAGCAGGGCCUGGGUCAGCUCAACAACCUGCUCAACAACAGACUCUUCCUUAUACGGUUCAUUCAUACUCUGGAGGUGCAGCAGAGUUUCUCACAGCGGGACAGAGGUUACGUCGCAUCACUUCUCACGAUGGCCCUUCAUGACAAGCUGGAAUACUUCACAGAUGUGAUGAAGACCCUGCUGGGGGAUCUAGUGCAGCAAUAUGUGGCCAAGAACCCCAAACUCAUGCUGCGCAGGACAGAAACGGUGGUGGAGAAGAUGCUGACCAACUGGAUGUCCAUCUGUCUCUACUCGUUUCUCAAGGAGGUUGCUGGUGAGCCUCUCUACAAGUUGUACAGGGCUAUUAAAUACCAGGUGGAUAAAGGACCAGUGGAUUCAGUGACGGGCAAAGCCAAACGCACUCUCAACGACAGCCACCUGCUCCGAGAGGACAUUGAAUACUGCUCAGUGACUCUGACUGUGCUGGUGAAGAGCGGUGUCGAGGUCCAGCCUUGUCCUGUUAAAGUUCUGGACACCGACACCAUCACUCAGGUUAAAGAUAAAAUCCUGGACCAGAUUUAUAAAGGAGCAGGAUUCUCCCAAAGACCAGCCGCAGACUCACUGGACCUUGAGUGGAGAUCAGGUCAGGCGGGUCACCUGACUCUUUCUGAUGAUGAUGUCACAGCCAUCGUUCAGGGUCGCUGGAAACGGAUCAACACUUUACAGCACUACAAGCUGCCUGAUGGGGCCACUGUGGCUCUCAUCCCUCGUUCCCAGAGUUCUCUUGGAGUGAAUCAGUUUUACCAGACUGGAGAGAAAACUCCCAUGCUGGAAGGAGAGGAGGAGGAAGGUCUUCGUCUGUGGCAUCUGGUGAAGCCGAGCGAGGACCCCGAGAUCCCCAAACACAGGAAGAGCAGCAUGAGAGAGCGGGAGCGGGCAAAAGCCAUUCCUGAGAUCUACCUUACACGACUGCUUUCUAUGAAGGGCACUCUGCAGAAGUUUGUAGAUGAUGUCUUUGUAGCCAUACUGAGUACAAAACGGCCUCCACCCAUCGCUGUCAGAUUCUUCUUUGACUUCCUGGACGACAUGGCAGAAAAACACGGGAUUGACGACCCAGAGACCGUUCACAUAUGGAAAACAAAUAGUUUACCUUUGCGUUUCUGGGUCAACAUCUUGAAGAAUCCUCAGUUCGUCUUUGACGUGCAGGUGACGGAUAGCGUGGAUGCCGUCCUUUCCGUUAUCGCUCAGACCUUCAUUGAUUCCUGCACUACAUCCGAGCACAAAGUAGGCCGGGAUUCUCCAGUGAAUAAGCUGUUGUAUGCCCGAGAAAUCCCACGAUACAAGCAGCUGGUGGAGAGGUACUACAGUGAUAUUCAUAACGCCGUGUCUGGCUGUUACCAGGAAAUGAAUUCAACCCUCACAGAGCUGUCAGGGAGUUUUGCGUCUGAGAUGAACAGUUUGGUGGCGUUGCAUGAGCUCUACAAGUAUAUCAACAAAUACUAUGAUCAGAUUAUCAUAUCUCUGGAAGAAGACGCUGCGGGGCAGAAGAUGCAGCUUGCGUAUCGGCUUCAGCAGGUUGCCGCCCUGGUGGAGAAUAAAGUCACUGACCUUUAGGCUUUGACCUUUCUCCUUGUCGUCUAAGCUCAUCUAUAAUCAUGUGUGUGAUCGGCUGAUGAAAUUCAGUCACUACGUGAAAACACUUGUGUGCUUCCACAACCGUUCACAUAAACUACCUGCAUAUUCUUAACAAAAUGGAACAGGAAAUGAAGUAACGAUCACUUUCUUCCGAUGAAACCUUCAUGGGAAUUUUAUUGGAAAAGGAUUGCUUUUCAGACUGAGGCGCUGAACGACUCACUGGAGGAUUGACUGAUGGGAAGUGUGUGUGAGUGUGUGUGUGUGCGUGCAUGGUAAAUUCUGAUGUGUUUUGUCUGAAAGGCUCUGCUCUUUAUUUGAAGAUUACUUAAUUAAAAUUGUGACACGAGACUUUUUUAAUGACACUACUGAAGCAGCUCUCACAUAUUGUGACAUGCUGCGACACAUUUUAUACCAUUUUUACUUUCACGCAAGUGAUCAGAUCCAGUGUAUGGAGAUUCAUGAACUGAUUCAAACAAAACCCACAUUUGCUUUUACUGUACGUGGAGUAUUUCGUUCCAGGUUUAGAAAUGUUCUGCUUCUGCACAAUCACAUCUUAAACUCAAAGACUGUCCCUGGCCCUGUGCUGUUAACCUUUUAUACUAACGUUUUUACAUUAGCAUUGCAGAUCAAAACAAGUGUUACGCUUUUCCAGGGACUGUAGAGUAAGUCUAUGCACACAAGUGCCAAAACAAGUUAUAAAAGCACAAUAUUUAUGUGCAUGUUAUUGUGUAGCUUUAGGUGUGCAUGCAAAAUGUCACAGUUUUCAGGUUUUCCGCUGUUGUUAAUAUUGCAAAUAUCUGGAAUUUCACAAAAUUGUUAAAUGUGUUCAUCUGAAUCUGGUUUGUAGUAUCAGAAGCUUUUAACUUAAUUUAUGUUAAUCAAGCAUUAAUAUGCCUUCACUCCCAAGAUUUCUGAUGUAUCCCUAUAAAAUAUGGGCCUGGGCCACAUUUGAUUUAGGCAUGAAACCAAUCCUAGAUCUUUGCAGGUUUUCUGAGAUUCACCCACACUUACAUUACAUGGCAUUGAUUUCCUAAUGCCUGCUUUGUGUUUAAUAGCACAAGCGAGCACAAUUGAAGAUCCAAUCUCAAGAGUUUUGAGUCUCAGAUGAAAUUGCAAUUCAGCCGGGAUGUGCUGUCUCUUGGGAGGUAUUGAAACAAAACUGGGACAGUUUGGGUCAUUGGAUUAAUGUUGGCAAAAUGGAGAAAAGCAUCUUUAUUCACUUGGUCUCAAUGAAUAGAAAAUCAGCAGUUGGAUUGAGAGUUGUGUACAUCAGACACUGAAUAGAAAUUAACUUAUUAUAUUGUAAAUACUACUUAUUUAUACAUGACCGCCAAUGUGCCUUCUUUGUUACUUUUUAUAAUGUCUACAAUUCAAGUAAACGUGCUUGACAUUACUUGCCAAAUGGAGGAAAAGAUGAACUGUGGCACAACUGUUGCCUGUUGUGAAGAUCAUACAGUGCUUUUAGUCUCUGGACUGCAGUGCGUCUCAGGAUUAUAGCCGUCGAUCUCAAUGGAUUCAAUAUAAAACCAUGUGUAGCUCAAUCAUUUCUAGCCAGCUCAUUUCCUCGAGCGAUCUAUAUUCACCAAAUAAAUAUUUGCGUGUGUGUGCAUCCAUUGUUUUAAGCUUCUUAAAAUGGUCAUCAUUUGUUUUUACCUGAAUAAAAAUCACCUUUGUGGUUACAUUUUGGCUCACCCAUAAUAAUAACAUGAUCCCUUUUAUGUAUAGAACUGAAAUAAUGAAUUCAAUGCUAUCUGGACACACAUCUUGAAGGCUUCCCUGUUCCCUGAUUUUGAGCUAUUACGCUUCAUCAUACUAAUGUAUGCACAGAGUUGUGUUUUAAAAAUUGAAAACGUAUUAGUUUGCUCAUCUUGUGUAUGUUUAUUAGCCCAUUGCUGAAUGUGUUUGGGCUCUUGGUGUAUUUUUUGAUUAUUAUAGGCUGAUGCAUGCUUGAGAUUUGAUUGGAUUUUCUGAUUGGGGUGCUUUAUGAGAGGUUCACUCGAUGGACUGCAUUAUGAGUGCACGACUCUCAUAAAAACACUCCUCAGAAGAAAGUGUGUGUGUAUGCAUGAGAGUUUUUUUAAGUAAUUGUAGCGCUUCGUACAUGAUGGUGAGGUUUUUUGGCGAAUCUCCUGUUAUGAACACUCAUCUCUAAGAGAAUGCAGCGAAACCUUCUUUUGUAGAGCCUUGCGAUUUCUUGUUUUGCCAGUUGUGUGGAAUAUGGCUUUGUAUCUUUGCAGAUAUACAAUUCAGACCAUUGUUUAGAGAAUUGUUGGUGUAUAUGUAGCCCUCGCCUGGCUACGAGUUUUUAUACAAGGGUAAAAAAAUAAUAUAUGGUAAUUUUCUAAUGAAUUUGGGGUUAAAAGAGAACUUAAACCCACUCAAAAGACGUACUCUUUUUUUUAUUUGUAUUGUGUAUAGUUUGCUAACAAUUGUGUAUAUGUGCCUGUACAUACUGUGAAGAGGACUUGUUCUUUUUCUUUUUUUCUUUUUUGGUUGUUGUUUUUUUCCACUUUGGACAGACUUUGGACAGACUUACUUUCUCCAUUCAGGAGAAAUUGGGACCUAAAUGUUUAAAUGAGUGAAAUGGAAAUUUGUAUCUGGAAAAUAAAUAAAGCUAUAAUUUUAGCAAUGAA